AUGUCAGAUUUUUUGGGUCGCGCUGGUCGAAUUACUGAAUGGGUAGUUAUAUCAAAUUUAGAAAAUCGAGCAGUCAAUGCAGCAUGCGAUAAAGCUCAAGAUUGGUGGAAAAAUCGAAAACACAAUAAACAUGAUUCACAUGCAUCAUCUGCCAGUCCAAUUCCGCCUCCACAACCAUCUCCGCAAACAAUAUAUCCAAAACCAUCGCCUCAAUAUCAACCACAACAAGUAUCCUAUGGACCACCACAACAAACAUCCUAUGGACCACCACAACCAGCACCAUUUCCGCCAUCUAUGGGAUAUGGUGAAUUAUUGAUAAGUGUCAAUCAUAUCGAUGGAUUAAAUCAAUGGGGUCCAUUAAUUGUUAUUAUGGAAUGUAAUCAUCAAAGAUAUCAAACAUCAUUAGGACAAUUUCAACAACAAUAUUCAUUUCCUAUUUAUCAAUUUGAGUAUGAUCAACUUUGUGUUUGGAUUCAAACAGAAUAUCAACAACAAACAAUUGCUUAUGGUAAUAUUCCAAUACAAAUUUUAUUAAAUAAUAAUAAUAAUUGGACUCCUCAACAACAACGAUGGAUUCCAUUAAGAGAUUAUUAUAAUGGACCAGCUGGACAAUUGCUUGUCAAUAUCGAAUAUAAAAUGAAUUAUCCAUCGACACAACAAACUCCAGGACCUCCACCACCUUAUCCUUAUUAUUCAUAA